UUGUGUUCACUAGAUUACAACAUUCUAGAUAAGAUAGUGGAUGAAGUAGGGUUCUACGGAGAGUACCCAGACCUACGGGAGGAGGAGUAUCUUGUGCUAGUGACGCUCUACGACUACACUGCACGCAGCUACCAGCGUCGUACUUCGACAGAUGCAGAAGUGGAAGCAGUGACAGUGGACGAGGUUGAUACCAAGUCCCCGAGGUUCGCCGGACGCACAAUCAUCUACCCACCCACCUUGGAGGCUUUUCAGGUGCUGUCACGUGUCUUUUGCUACCCAGUCGGUCUAAUCACCUACACAGCAGUGGAGCAGGCAGUGAUUGACAUGUCGGUUCACUUUGCUGCUGCAGUGGCGAGGACACGAGUGAAGGAGCAGGUGGGUUCGUUGCAUCUCCUCCUGCCCGCGGAGUGGCGUGAGGCUGAGAGCAUGGCUGAGAACAUGCCCUUCUACGGAUGGUACAAUCAACUUCUUGGAAAGUAUGUCAAAUCUCAUGACAACACUUAA